AUGGUGAGCAUUCGAAGGCGCAGACUGUUAGGACUUUGCUCUGGGCAAAAUUGUUUCCUGGAUCCUCUUCCCAUGUCCUCUGAGAAUGGACAUACUUCUGAAAGCUGUGUGGAUAACUCAAAACCGAUCAGUGUUCAUCCUGUGCCUUCAAAUGAUAUUGACCUACCAAAGGACAAAACUGCCUCAGAAACUGGCCCCAGUUUGUCAAAAGUUUCUGCUUCUAGUCCAUUGAAAGAGGAGCCUUUCCAGCCAUUUCCAGAGUUCAAACGCAGAAAGCGACACAGGAGGAAGCAUGUUGAAAACCAAGAACAAUGCAUCAUGAGAGGGGUCUAUUUCAAGAACAUGAAAUGGCAAGCUGCAAUUAAAGUUGACAAGAAACAAAUCCACCUGGGAACUGUUGGCUCUCAAGAAGAGGCUGCCCGAUUGUAUGACAGGGCUGCAUUCAUGUGUGGGAGGGAGCCCAACUUUGAACUAUCAGAGGAGGAAAAGCAAGAACUUAUGAAAUUUAAGUGGGAAGAAUUUUUAGCCGUAACUCGUUCAGCAAUUACUAGCAAGAAAAGCCAAAGAAGAACAGGGCCAGGCUUACGCGGAAAACCUCAGAACAAUGACUGGGAUGGUGACCAAGGACGUAAUGGUUUCUCAGCAUCCGAAGAUGACCCUUUAAUCACUUGA